GGAUAGAAGUUAGAGCGCGCAUAAAUCGGUAGAAGCCGGUACCGAGAGUUGAGAGUAGCGUACGAUGAAUGUGUGGCGUAAAAUCUUGACGAAUAUAAUUGUAACAUUUAUUUAAAAUAUUCCAGUAAACAGAAUAUUUGAAAAUAAGAAGAAUGAAGCUUCUAACACAUAAUAUGUUGACUUCAAAAUGCUUAAAAGGUGUAACUGUUGGAUACCCUUUAGGAAUUGUAGCGAAAGAUAUUAAAGUGUCAGAAGUAGAUUUUAAUUCAGAAUUUAUUGCAAGGAUAAUUCCAAAACUUGAUUGGGCUACGCUGUGGAAAGCUGCAGAAAGUAUAGGUCACGUUGGAGAGUUACCACAAACUUUGAUUCAAGAUUUUGAAACAAAUGAAGAUUUCCUAAAAAAAGUUCACCACGUAUUACUGGAAGUAGAAGUUAUUAAUGGAGACUUACUAUGUCCAGAAUCUGGUAGAAAAUUUCCCAUUAAUGAUGGUAUACCAAAUAUGCUCUUAAAUGAAGAUGAAUUGUAAUUAUUAAUAUUAAAUUAACACAAGAUAAAAAAGUUAAUUUUUUUAUAUAUUUCUUUUAACACGUUAAU